CCAAUUUUUCAAGAGUUUGGCUUUUUUUUUUCUUUCUGAAACUCAUGGUGUUUUUGCUCUGCUUUCAAGAUGCGUUAAGGUCUCCUGCGUUUUGACUGCUUUGGAGCCAGCCAGUAUCCUGACAUGUACAAUUCGAAUUAUGCAGGUUUCAUGAAUGUUGCAUUUUUUACAAAUUGAAGGCAAGACCCUCUACCAGCAGAAAGAUUACGACUCACUUUAUUGUGGUACUCACUCUAAUUGUGGUGAUUUGGAAUGAACCCUCAAUAUCUCUGAGAGAAGAAGCCAGCAAUCAAGACAGAAGAAGCCCGUGAGUUAGAAGAACCAUAGAGAAUGGUGGUUUGGAUGCCAAAUGAAGAGUAUCUCAAAGGAAAGUAACAUUUCAUUGGUUGCUUUUCCAGUUUCCAGCACCAACUCACCAACAAAGAUUUUACCAAAAACCCUAGGACCAAUAAAUGUGAAUGUUGGACCCCAAAUGAUUAUAAGCACACCACAGAGACUGACCAGUUCAGGAAGUGUUCUGAUCGGGAGUCCAUACACCCCAGCACCAGCAAUGGUCACUCAGACACACAUAGCGGAAGCUACUGGCUGGGUUCCAGGUGAUAGAAAACGGGCUAGAGAAUUUAUAGACUCUGAUUUUUCAGAAAGUAAACGAAGCAAAAAAGGAGAUAAAAAUGGAAAAGGCUUGAGACAUUUUUCAAUGAAAGUGUGUGAGAAAGUUCAGCGGAAAGGCACAACAUCAUAUAAUGAAGUAGCUGAUGAGCUGGUAUCAGAGUUCACCAAUUCAAAUAACCAUUUGGCAGCUGAUUCGCAGGCUUAUGACCAGAAGAACAUUAGGCGAAGAGUUUAUGAUGCUUUAAAUGUGCUAAUGGCAAUGAACAUAAUAUCAAAAGAAAAAAAAGAAAUCAAGUGGAUUGGCCUGCCUACCAAUUCUGCUCAGGAGUGUCAAAACCUGGAGAUAGAGAAGCAGAGGCGGAUAGAACGGAUAAAGCAGAAGCGGGCCCAGCUGCAAGAGCUUCUCCUGCAGCAAAUCGCUUUCAAAAACCUGGUACAGAGAAAUCGGCAAAAUGAACAGCAGAACCAGGGCCCGCCAGCUCUGAACUCCACCAUUCAGCUGCCGUUUAUAAUCAUCAACACGAGCAGGAAGACAGUCAUAGACUGCAGCAUCUCCAGUGACAAGUUUGAAUAUCUUUUCAAUUUUGACAACACCUUUGAGAUCCAUGAUGACAUCGAAGUACUGAAGCGGAUGGGAAUGUCCUUUGGCCUGGAGUCAGGCAAAUGUUCGCUGGAGGAUCUGAAACGUGCUAAAUCCCUGGUGCCAAAGGCGUUAGAAGGUUAUAUCACAGAUAUCUCCACAGGACCUUCAUGGUUAAACCAGGGGCUGCUUUUGAACUCUACCCAGUCAGUUUCAAGUUUAGACCUGACCACUGGUGCCACCUUAUCCCAAUCAAGCGUAACCCAGGGGUUCUGCUUGGAUGCUGAAGUGGCCUUAGCAACGGGGCAGAUCCUUGCCCCAAACAGUCACCAGUCCAGCAGUGCGGCCUCUCACUGCUCCGAGUCCUGCGGCGAGACGCCCUGCUCGCUCAACGACGACGAUGUGGAGGAAGAGGAGGAGGACUCCUCCUCCCCAGAAUAAAGACAGGACAAAACCCACGUUUUCCUAUUGAUGCUCAUGUGUGUUUUAGUGUGAGCUCUUGUUUUUGAAAUGAUUGCUUCAGUCCUUGCUUCUGUUUGCACUGUGUGUCCAGUGGAAACUAGGGAAACACAAUCUGCGAAUUACACGCAGGCUGACACGCUUGAGAUGAACGUUACCGUCUGUGAAUGAGAACUGACAGUAGGGUAGUAGGUCACCUCUCAGAGCGAGCUUUCUGAGGGGACAGUGGGACAGGCCUGGGAGAGCUGGGCUGCAUGAACAAAGCUCAUUUACCUUCCACACGUGGGACCUCUGUUCCCCCACCCACGUGACCCUCCUUAGAACCAGACUGCUUCUCUCCGUGGGAGGCACGAAUGGGCGUGACAAGCUCCGGUGGGUGUGCAGUGUGGGAGGUGGGCCUGGGCACCAGCUGCACUGCGGAGCUAGCUGAAAGCCUAGUUGAGGUGCUUUACGCAUCAGCUGCCUUAGACAGCUUCUAGAAAGGAGCGCGCUAACUCUUAAGUACUUAAGUGACAUUUAGAAUAAUUUAUAGUAAAAUGGAAAUGAUCACUAUUAGCCAAUGCAUUUGGUGCAUAGAAUUUCUUAGGGCUACUUCUGGAAGCCAAAGUAGAAUAGCCUUUCCACGUGCAUUAAAUACUUUGCCAGCA